GCCAUCUUUCUCCAACACUAACAACUGCUACUCCAGCGAAGAAAGAAAAUAAAUGUUCAGUCGGAAGUUUCAUUUUGUUCUAGAUGUGGCCUUUAUGUGAACUCAGCUGCUUUGGAAGCCAAAAAGUGAGAGACACCAUGACCUAGUGAUCUUUAACAGGAGCACAGCGGCACAGAGUGUCCUUCCCCUCCCCAGUCCUCUUCUCUUCUGACAGACUGCAGUCCGUGGUUCCCACCAGUUCCGCCCGCUAGCCGUGGUAGUUUCCAGGUAGAGACCUUCGCCUCUCCCCACGCCUGAGGAGAUAUGGAGCCCCAAGAGAGUCUGGGAAUGGAGGGGGACUUUGUUACACUGGGGGUCCUCGUGCCGAGCCCACGGAGUGAAGCGGUGACCCAUGACUUGGAGGAACUGUCUCUGCUGCCGGCUCAGAGCCUUCCACCCAUUAAAGAGCGCAAGAAUGAGAUUGAGGGUGAGCUCUGGAGCCAGCUUGAAUCUUACAGGGUCAGCCAGGGUUCACCAAAGAACAUCAGGGUUGACAUCAGCUCAACAAACAUUGGGAUGACUGCAGGCAUGUCUUGUACCUCCGGUCCUGAUAAGAAGAUAAAUUAUGUGCUUCAGCUCAGACUACAGCAGAGGCGCACACGCAAGCAGCUCGCAGACCAGGGCAUCAUGCCACCAUUGAAGACUCCUGCAGCUUUUCAUGAGCAGGUCAAAAGUCUAGAGAGGGCAAGGACUGAGAAUUUCUUGAAACAUAAAAUUCGGAGCAGACCUGAACGCGCUGAACUCGUCCGAAUGCACAUCCUGCAAGAAACCCUGGCGGAGCCUUCUUUGCAAGCCACUCAGAUGAAACUGAAGAGGGCCCGUCUAGCUGAUGAUCUCAAUGAGAAGAUUGCACAGAGGCCUGGACCACUGGAACUGGUGGAGAAGAACAUACUUCCUGUUGAUUCAAGUGUCAAAGAGGCCAUCAUUGUUGGAGAAGUGAACUACCCGAGGACACUGGAUAUUUAUAACUUUGAAGAGGACAGUAGUGAUGCUCUGUCUCCAGAGCAACCGGCUAGUCAGGAGUCUCAGGGCUCUGCAUCGUCCCCUAUAGAGGCCAGACUCCCUGAUGCUUCCUCUGUAUCGCCUCCGACUGGCUCCAACCUACAGUUUUGUCCACCUACAACCCAGUGCACAGAUUUCCUGAGUGGAACAUCAGUAGGAGAUCAAGCAAACAGUCGAGUAAUGACUGCCAUUCAGCCAGUGACCGCUGCUACUCCCACUAAACCAGGACCCACCCUUGUGAAGCAUAGCCAGCCCAAACAGCCCAGUGACAAGAGCCGCAGUAGGAAGAGUAAAGAACCCAAACCACGGGUCAAGAAGCUCAAGUAUCACCAGUACAUCCCGCCCGACCAGAAGCAGGAAACCAAUGAAGCCCCAAUGGACUCUUCAUAUGCCCGGCUGCUUCAACAACAGCAGCAGUUUCUGCAGCUCCAGAUCCUCAGCCAACAGCAACAGCACUACAAUUACCAGGCAAUACUACCUGCGCCCCUCAAGUCUGUGGCUGAGAGUCAGAACAGCUGCCCUAAUGUCACCCUGAGCAACAGCCCGACUUCAGUUGUGGUGUCUCUACCGAGCGCAGCACCUUCACAUCCCAACAACACCUUGACCAGUCGUAAACCGGGGCCUCUGCCCGCCAGCCUGGAUGAAAUGAAGGUGGCUGAACUCAAGAUGGAGUUGAAGCUGCGUGGACUUCCUGUGUCAGGCACAAAAACAGACCUCAUAGAAAGGCUUAGAGCCAACCAGGAGAGUCUUCAACCUGCUUCAGCCAUGGACACCAACAUCUCCAAAUAUUCUCUGCAACCAGACAGCAUGAGCACAACACCUCCCUUGUCACCAGAGCAGUUGGAGGUCUCUAGUGUCAGUAUGGAGGAAAGCAGGAACAGUCCCACCAAAUCUCCAGCCCGCCCACCCACCAUCACCUCACCCAUCAGACCCACACCUGAAAACAUGGUAAUGGAGACCAAGGUGUCUGAGAAAGACCAACGCCUCCAUGAGAAGGAGCGUCAGAUUGAGGAGUUGAUGCGUAAGCUGGAACAGGAGCAGCGACUGGUGGAGGAGCUGAAGAUGCAGUUGGAGGUGGAAAAGAGGAGCCAGCAGGGUGGAGGGCAGCAGCCAGAACCCAUAUCACUGAUCCAGAUCAAAGAGGAGAACAGUGCUGCCCCCAGCUGCAGCUCUGAGAACAGUCCCCUGCCACAAACUACAGGUGUGAAACGGGAAGAGCCACAUGCCCAGAUGCACCACACCCAAGUCCAGCAAUUCUAUAUAAACACCCAGCAUGUCCCCCAGACACAGGCCCUGAUCAACACUCACUCUGCCACACAGAUCCUGCUGCCCAUCUCACUGCCCGCCAACAUCAGCCUGCCCAGCAACCCCAUCACCACACAGGCGCAUAAUAUUCUCCAAGGAACAGUGCCCAGGCUGGCUCAAAACCUCAUACAAACGGCACUGCUGCAAACACAGACGUCCGACAAUACAAUGUUACAACAACACUCAAACCAGACGCAAUCUGCAAAUCAACCGUUGCCCUUGUGUGGAAGUUCCUCUCCUGGGUUUGAGUACAGGCAGAACCAGAAUCACCCUAUGGCCGAGAUGCCCCAGUGCUUCCUCAAUAACUCGCCCAGAGUCUCACCCAGACACACCCCAAAUGGACCCAUUAACAAACCCCCCUCGCCCUGUCAGCACAACUAUAUUCCCCAGCCAUCCACGUUCCCCAAUCACCACAGCCCAAAGGGUAAAGACCCACCCCGCUAUGAGGAAGCCGUUAAACAGACCCGCAGCCUGCAAGCCACAAUGCAGGUACCCACUACUACCAGUCAGCACAUGGAUGAUUUGUUUGACGUUUUAAUCGAGAGUGGAGAAAUUUCCCCACUGACCAGACAUGAUCCCUUACUGGAGAAACUUCUCCCAGUGACUGCUAACAUCACCACCCUGCCCAUCAAUACGGUGCUGUCACGCCCUCCCCCACAGAUACACAUGGCCCACAUGCCCAACCAACUCCAAGCACCUCCACUCAGCCUGGUGGCCUUGGCCACAGAUAACCAGUUGGAGGCCCUGCUGGAAGAUACAGAGCCACGAACCCUACGACUGAUGGAAGAGCUGAAGAACCAGCUGCUGGAGCCACACUCCCCAAUGGACACUUCAGACCUGACCUUCACCGACAGGCCAACUUCCACCCUCAAUCUGCAGGAAGCCACCAUGGACAACAUGGAGUGGUUAGACCUGACAAUGCCUGGAGCUGCAGGUAUCUCCUCUCCGGCUGCAGUCUUCUCCUCUGAUUUCUUGGACUCACCUGAUUUACAGUUACACUGGGAGUGAGGACACAAAGGGAAGGAGAUUAUGGAAUGUCAAAAUUCUGAAGUUCUGAAAAAAUCUGUUAACUUUAAGGGACCACUAGCACAGAGGCUAAGUGGGCCUGCAAUAAUAAAUGACACGCAGUGCUUAGACUCUGAGAACUGGCUCUGAUGAUUCGUUGAGCUCCCAGCAACACCCUGGGAACAUUAGUUUCUGGUUAUAAAAAACGUUAAGAAUUGGUUCACAAAAAAUAACCAAACGGGAACCAUACGCUAAUGUUAUGGGAACAUUUUGUGUUUCCUGGGUUAGAAUGUUUGAGCUUACGGGGAUCAUUGAAUCUGGAAUGGUCCACUGUGCGCAAACCACAAUCUAAACAGUCAGCAACCACUGAUAGUUUAGCAUCGGCUUUUCUCAUUUGUGCCUAUAAACACAGGCCUGUACGCGGCAGUAUAUUGUUACCAACAUCUCUUUCCAGACAGACAAAGAAUGUAGAGACACUUUUCGCCUAUAUAUGUAGGCAGUUUUGACCUUCUGUUUUUCAUAUUAUGAAGCAAUCUUUGAAACAUGGGAUAUAUUAUAUAGAAAUGUUAGAAUGUUGUUUUCUAGAAUUCUGACCAGUAUAAUUUCUUCGAACUGAGUUUUGGGGAAAGGAAAAAUUAUACACACAUUUAAUGUGCCUUUGCUGUUUACAUUGCCCAGAAACGUUCUAGUUUUAGAAUUUAUUAAAGGAAUAGUUGAAGAUUCUGUCAUUAUUUACUUCUCCUCAUGCCGUUCCAGACCCGUAAGUCUUUUUUUCUUUUGCGAAACACAAAAGGAGAUGGUUUAAAGAAUAGGGGUCACUUCACGAUACGAUGCGUACUGAAAUACACGUCACGAUUCGAUAUGUUGCGAUACAUCACGAUAUCAUAAUUUGAUUUGAUUACGAAUCGAUUCCAAUUUCAAUUCCAGUUCAUUGUGUAUGUUUCAUUUAUAUACUGAUGUCUGAUGAAGACCAUGUAGCUCAAAACAUCACGUUUUUGUCUCUUGGUGAACUCAUUCAAUUUAUUUGGAAGUAACAAUGUGCCAACUUUGUUGUGUGGUUACAUUAUAUGAAUAGUUUCAUAUAAAUAUCAAUACAUGGAUCCCAAGUAUCGGUACAAUAUCAUGAGGAAAAAAUAUUCCGAUAUAUCGAUAUUUGAUUGUAUCGACACCGCCCUAUUAAAGAAUGCCGGUUUCAAUACAAUAGAAGUUGAUAGUAACUCACUUGUACAGAGUGAGUCAUAUAUAAAGCACCCAAAUCAAAUAUCACAACACAUUAUACAGUGUUGCAUAAGUUACUCAAAGUUGAAUUAAUCAGUUACUCAAAUUACAAAUUACUUUUGUAAAUCAGAUUAUUUUAAUGAUUAUGUCAUUGAAAAGUAAUCACAUUACUAAUUACUUUUGAAGCAAUAUUCCAUUUUCAAUACAAGUUAAGCUAAAUCGUCAGCAUUUGUGGCAUAAUGUUGAUUACCACAAAAUUAUUUCAACUCGUCCCUCCUUUAAAAAAUAGCAAAUAUCGAAGUUACAUUGAGGCAGUUACAAUGGAAGUGAAGGGCAAAUUGUUUGAGGGUUUAAAGGCAGAAAUGUGAAGCUUAUAAUUUUAUAAAAGCACUUGCAGAAAUUUUUGUUAAAACUUGUGUAUUAUUUGAGCUGUACAGUUGUUUAAAUUGUCAUUUUAGGGCUUGUUGGCAUUACAUCAUCAUGGCAACAAAGUUGUACAAUUGGCUAUAACUUUACACAGAAUAGGUUAGUAAGCGAUUUUAUCACACUAAAAUCAUGUUCAUCAAGAAUUUAAAAUGUAAUGUGUUUCACUACUUUUUGACUUAAAAGUACAUUACAGUUACUAAUUACUUUGUAAUCAGAUUACACCAAACAGUGCACAUUAAUAACAUCAAACCUCACUGGUUCUUGAGCAUCUUGACACGAGGUUUGAUUUUAUUGAAGUAUGGAUUUAAUUGAUUGAUUUGGGCAAUUUGAGUGUCACUCACAAUGUAAAUUUCAGUCUGUUCAUCAUACAAAGUGAAGGUAUGCCUUCAAAAAAGACUUGGAAUAUGAACUACUAUUAUGACACUUGUGGGCGCUUCUUUAAGCUUUAAAGCAAGUCACUAUCAACUGCUAUUUUCCAGAAAUUGGUGAUCAUGACGUUAUUUAAAAUACCUCCUUUUCUAUUCCACAAAAAAAGAAAUAAUGGUUUCGGAAUGACAUGGGUGAGUAAUUAAUGACAGAAUUUCAUUUUUGGCUGAACUAUUUCUUUACCUCAUUGUGUAGAGUUUGCAAAUGUCACACAUUUGUGAGGGGAAACGUUAUGCCAUGGUAAUUGUUACCCAUGUUACAUCACCUUUGCUGAAGGAACCUGUCUAGUGGCUUUCUUUAGAUUCCCAAUCAGUUAACCUUUGCUUUAGGGUACUCUUAAUUGUGACAGCUAAAUAGUGGCAUGCAAGACAAAGAAGAGAAAUCUGUGGCAACCUGUUGUCUUUAAUUGGUAAUACAUUUAGAUUAAUUCACACCAGAUCACUUGCAACCAGUACAUAGGACGGGUCAAGGUGAGGAAGAGUUUGUUUACCAAAACCAACAUGGGGCCAAAGAUACACUAGACCUAAAGGGAGGGAGUGGCACACAAAUCAUCAUACCGAACAAAAGAGUAUAGGUGGGUCUGGACAAGAUUUCGCUCAUAAAGACCAGCUGAACUGGCACUGUUGCGUGUCUAGUCUAGGGAAACGACACUAAACAGAACCAGUGAAAUGUACAUUUCCAGAUGAGGUGAUCAGAAUGAAGCCCACUGCAUUUUGAUUGGUCAAAGUGUCACGCAUUUACUAUAAUACAGCCCACACUUGUUUCAGUAGAACUGCUGCGACCCAAAUUCUGAAUAUUUCACAGCAUAAGAGCUUCUUUUACAUAAGCACUGAAAUACAGGUAGCUGGCAGUGAUAUGCCUUUGUGAAUGUACCUUAAUCACUAAACCUUAUUGACUCCGUGGGUAAUGUGGAAGUAGUUUAAAGUCUGAUUUUAAGUUAGGUUUUUUUUUUCUUUUUUCUACGAAAUGUGAAAAUGUAGCGACAUCUGCUGGACAAUUUGGAAAAAGAGCUGAAUGAAUUUCUUCGAGGAGAUACAUAUUACUCACUCUCUGAUUUAGUUAUCUGCAAUGUUUGUCAGAUACGAUGGCAGAUCUCUCCCUGGACUCUCUGUGAAAAGUAUGCCAAAAAUGUUGCACUUACUUAACCUUGGACUGAGCAUCAACUCAUUGACAAUCAGUUCCUAAUCCAAACACAUUGUCCAAGCGAAAGAAUGUAUUUCUAUAUUUAGAAUUGUUAUUUCGAAAGGGAUAUCAUAUUUCUGUCUCAACCAGAAAUCAAAAACUCUUAUGUAAACACACCUGUUUACUGCAUUUAUGCAGUUCUCACAUAUUUUAAACAUAAAAAUAUGGCUGUAUAAAUGUUUUUAGUGUGGGGAAAAAGACCCUUGGUGGAAUAUCUGUAGCAGUCAAGGCUGUGGAACAUAAAGUUAAUAUUUUAGGUGAGCUUGUAAAGACGAUUAGGAGUGUGUCACUUUUCCCUACAUGCUCAUCAAAGAAAUGUAUAUGUUUUGAAGAGGAAUACUAGAGUAGGGAAAUAUUUCAAAUCUUACUAACCCUUUGGAGUAUGAUGUAGAUUGUAUGCCUCAUAUUUUGCAUAGUGUAUAUAUUGUUGCAUUACAUUUGAUACAAACAUAUUUGUGCAACUGUAAAUAAUGUUUUGAGGUUAUCUUUGUACAUAUCUUUAUUGUAUAUACAGCCUUUUAUCAUUAAAAUGUUUCUUUAUUUGAAAAAUGACUUGUUUGCUGAAUUAGAGUUCUAUAACUCUAGAAAGACCCAAGGGGUACUAUAAGAGUAAACAUUUGACAUUUGUUUUAAUAGUGAUUUAUUUUUAUUUUUUUCAUAAAUUAUAUAUUUUAUAUAAAAAUAUAAUAUUCAUGUGGGCAGAUUAUACAGCUGUUUCCAAAACAAGAUCAUAGAACAAUUUUGAAUUCAAUUUGAUCAUAGAACUCUUGUUCCAUUUCAAGGUCCCAUUGUUUAGUGUAGUGUUUUGAUCCCACAUUUUAUAUUCCAGUAAACCCUGAAAGUGUUGCGCAAAAAUUCAAAAUUCUCUGUUUAGCACAGAUGUUCUGGUGAUGAUUCAGUUUAAUUCUCUCUGUUGUGUUUUCAAGAGCUUCAACCAUCAAAGCUUCUUGCAGGUGUGUAUUUUACUCCGACAUUUUGGACACUUGUGAACGACAUCUCUGAAGGCAUCCACACAGAAUGGGAUCAAGCAGCAGCCAGCUACACAACUAUAAAUAACCAGAAAGACAACUGUUAAGAACACCAAUAUAUCAUCAUACAUGUCUUCUCUGGAUAUUUUAUUGAAUUAUACAUUUAUCUUGAAACAAUUGUAUAACUUUUCUGUAUUCUCUGUAGAAGUUGUUAAGAGUACAUGAGUUGGUAAAAGCUGUAGAAUCAUUGUACAUAACAAAUAUGGUAAACUUUUGUACAAUCUAACAUAAAAUUAACAUGAAAAGUAGCUUGUUUUAAACACAUCAAAUGUCUGUAUCCCCCCCUUAAAGGUGUGAUUUUGGCCAGUCCUACCCUGAGGUCUUGACAUUUUUGGCUGCAUCCAAAUCAUACAACAGUGUCAUAAUUUUAACAAUCUAUUGAACUGAUAUUCAAUUCAUUGUACUUUUAAAAAAAAAAAAUAAUAAUAAAAAAAAUAUAUAUAUAUAGAAAUGUUAGAAUGUUGGUCAUUUUUAACUAAUUUUAAUGACCAAAAAUGUACUAUUUUGCAGUGCAUAUAACAGUUAAACAAGUUACUGUAUGAAAAAAUAACCAAACACAUAUUUUCCUUCAAAAUUUGGAAAAUAUACAUUUAUUAUUAACUUUAACACUUUAACAUCCCAAUCUUCCAACCACCUGCUAAGUGAUAGUUUAAAGGGAUAGUUCACCAAAAAAUGAAAAUUCUUAUUUACUCGCCCACCCUCACGCCAUCCCAGAUGUGACUUUCUUUCUUGUACUUGACACAAACAAAAAUUUUUAGAAGAAUAUUUCAGCUCUGUUGGUCCAUACAAUGCAAGUGAAUAGGUACCAAAACUUUGAAGGCCCAAAAAUCACAUAAAGGCAGCAUAAAUGUACUCCAUAAGACUCCAGUCUCUUCAGAAGUGAUAUAAGUGUGGGUGAGAAACAGAUCAAUAUUUAAGUCCUUUUUUACUAUAAAUCUCCACUUUCACAUUCUUCAUGAAUAUUGCCACCUACUGGGCAGAGAGGAGAAUUUAUGGUAAAAAAAAAGGACAUUACUAUGGAUCUGUUUCUCACCCACACCUAUCAUAUGGGGCUUUUCCAUGGCACGGUACAGCUCAACUCGACUCUGCUCGCUUUUUGGGGGUUUUCCACUGUAGAUAGUACCUGGUAUCUGAUACUUUUUUUAGUACCACCUCGGUCGAGGUUCCAAGCGAGCCGAGCCGAUCACUGAUUGGUCAGAGAGAAUCGUCACUACCAGCGUCACUGGAUUUAGCGUCAACCCACUAGUUUUAAAGUUAGCAACAGCAACAGCAAUAUCAUUUGUUCACGCGACUUUCGAAUUGUAAAAAGAAAUGGCUGUGCGCAAAACCACGCUGUGGUCAAUAAACGAGGUGCAGACAUUCCUCUCGUUAGCGACGAACGAAACGACACGAAACGAAAAAGUCUUUCAGGAAGUGUCUCAGCUUUUGGCCGCACACGGCUACCACCGGACCUACCAACAGUGUAGGGAAAAGUAAAAAAAAACUUAAGUGACUACAGAACCAUCAAGGACCACAACAGACAGAGUGGUUCAAACAGAAGAAAGUGGAAGUGGUUCAACCAAAUGGACGCUAUCUAUGGCAAAUGACUGGUGAGCAAUGGGAGGGAGAGUGCCCUGGACUCGGCGUUGUUGGAGUCCACGAUGGAGGAUGGUACGUUUUGUUACGUUAACCCUAUAUUCUGCUCAAAAGCUUCACUGUAUUUAGUUGACCAGCUACUGAAAAGCUUGCUUCUAAAACAACCAGGCCAAUUUAACUGUUACACUUGUGUAAAAUCACCAUGCAACAACUGCUUUAUGCAGCACAAUGAGCUAGUAGCUAACAGCUAGCGGUCAUUUUAUUGUUUAUGGUCAGUAACGUUUGUGUCGCGUUUAAGAUGAUGUCACGGCAGUAGAGGCGGCGCAACUAUGACGAUCAGCCUAUAAUCCCACCCACGUUGAGACGGCACUAAACUGCAGUGGAAAAGCAAGCUCAGAAAAGUAAAGCGAGCAGAGUCGAGUCAAACCAUAACAUGCAGUGGAAAAGUGCCAAUAUACUUUCAGAAGACAUGGAUUAAACCACUGGAGUCGUAUGGAUUACUUCUAUGCUGCCUUUACGUUUAACCUGCAUUGUUUGGACCUACAGAGCUGAAAUAUUCUUUUAAAAAUCUUUUUUGUGUUCAGCAGAAAAAAGAAAGUCAUACACUUCUGGGAUGGCAUGAGGGUAAAUGAUGAGGGAAUUUUAUUUUUUGGGUGAACUAUUCCUUUAAAACACUGAACACUAAGAACUGUCCCUUUAAUUUAGGCUAUAGGUGUAACUCUGUUACAGUCACAAAAAAAAAUAUAUAUAUAUUAAGAUUUAUAUAUUUCAAUUUUAUAACAAAAUUCCAUUAAGUUGAAUUAAUGUGUAAUCUUGAAUGAAAUCAAAUAAAAUUAAAUAUUUUAAGUUUUAUUUAUUUUGUUAAACGUUACACAAUUCAGUUUGAUGGAACUGAAAUGCAUAAAUCUUAAAAAUAGUGUACUUGCAACCAUGUUAACCAUUCUGAAGUAGUUAUAUAUAUAUAUAUAUAUAUAUAUAUAUAUAUAUAUA